AGGAGUUGUAAAAACUCUUGCAACACCAAUUUUGUUCCUUUCUCUCUUUUAUUAUCACAUACCACUUCUUGUGUUAUUAAACUCUUUCUUCUUUUAACUUUGUGGAUGAACAUGGAGGGUGAGUUCCAGAAAGAGCAACAAGUGCUGCUUGUUGCUGACCCUGCUUCUUGCUCAAAGCUUUCUACUUCUUCAACCACCCUUGAUGACCUCUUCUCUGCUCAGAACACGGAAGUGGAUGUUGGGUUGGAAUGGUUAUCAGUGUUUGUUGAAGAAUGCUUUUCAAACCCACCAAGCUAUAUAUUGGGACCUUCAAAGAGUGUUGAGGCCACAACAACCACCACCAUAACUACCUGCUCCUCCAACAAGAACCCUUCUUCAACCGCACUACUGAAGCAAAACAACAACAAUGAUUCCUCACUACAAAACUUUUCAGUCCCUAGUAAGGCCAGAAGCAAAAGAAAGAGGCUCUCAGCAGUUACCAACAGACGAAGAACCAAAACUCCUUUCAGCAUUUGGUCACACCAAAAUGAUGAGCCCUUGAUUUCAGACCCUCCUCUGUUAAAACAAACUUAUUGGUUAGCGGAUAGUGAACUCUUUGUUUUGCCAAAGCAGCAGAAGAAGGAUAGUGAGAAAGAUGUAAUAGCCAAAGACGGCGACGACAACGACAACGACGGCGGUGGCGAAAAGGGGGUGGUGGUGAUGAAGAGGGGAAGUCUUGUGAGUCUUGAAGAGUGCUCUGAGGCAGAGGAAGAUGGUGAUGGUGGGAAUAACAAUAAUAAUAAUAAUAACAAUAAUGGUGAGAAUCCAAUGCCAAGAAGGUGCACACAUUGUUUGGCACAGAGGACCCCACAGUGGAGGGCAGGACCAUUAGGUCCAAAGACGCUAUGCAAUGCAUGUGGGGUGAGGUACAAAUCUGGUAGGUUGUUACCUGAGUAUAGGCCAGCAAAGAGUCCUACUUUUGUAAGUUACUUGCACUCCAAUUCUCACAAGAAAGUUAUGGAGAUGAGGAUGGCUGGCUCUGUUCUCCAUUCUUAGUCCGGAAAAUCAUAGAAAUCCUCUAAUUGUGUUUUUUAUUAUUGUGUAAAUCAAACUUUUAAAACUGUAGGGGACAAAAUAUUUGGAAACAAUAGAUAUUUAAUUGUUAA